CCAACAUCUGCUGUGCCUGUGGUAGGAACUGAAGCUGUGACCUCAGAUUUUCCCCCUCACACUCUUUUUACAGAGUUGGAGAUAAACUGUACUGUAUGGCUCAAGUUCACAGCGGCCAACAAACCUCAAAGCACUCGCCCUCGCACAUUUAACUUAACACCUCUUCACACUAUUAUCCACGGGAUUUUCUGUGACACCUGCUACCUUUUUGGCUUUGCACGGCUUGGACCCUGCCUAUGGGGGUUUGUUCCCUGAACAGAAUUUGUGAGGAACACAAGUAACUUCUACCUGUUGUUUCUAAUGAAAACACUUCUCAAAGCUCUACAGUGAAACAUGACAGACACUAUGUUUGGCAGUGAGAAUGAGCAGUGGGUCUGUCCCAAUGACAGACAACUAACGCUUAGAGCAAAGUUACAUACAGGCUGGUCUAUCCACACAUUCCAGUCAGAGAGACAGAGGAAAGCUCAGACAAUUCAGAAAACCGAGCUAGAUCUCAUCAUGAGUGUCAUCCACCGCGCUGAGCAGCUCGAGCUCAUUGAGCAACACCGGAUUGGGGUUCUAGUGGAGCGGCUGGAGAACAUGAGGAGGUCUGCUGUGGGAAACGGCCUUUCACAGUGUCUGCUGUGUGGAGAGGUGUUUGGUCUGCUGGGCUCUUCGUCCGUCCUCUGUUUGGACUGCUGCAUGAAGGUGUGCACCAAAUGCGGAAUCGAGACACCAGGCAGUCAAAAAAGGGCUCAAUGGCUUUGCAAGAUCUGCAGUGAACAGAGAGAGGUGUGGAAACGUUCUGGAGCCUGGUUCUACAAAGCCCUGCCGAAGCAUAUUCGUCCCAUUAAGGAUUCAAUUCUAGAUAACAGGAAGUCAGUAAUAGAAAGAGGAGAGCAGCUGCCAGUGGCCAGGAGUGCACCAAUCAGCUACACAUGGGCUCAAAGCAAAGUUUACGUAAGUGAAAGUGAUGGCAGUGAUACCGAGCUCAGUGAAUCCAGCAGUGACAGGAAGACCAUCACGUUCGAAACCAAUCAAAGGAGAGAUUCCGAAUCGAGUGGAGGCCAAGUGCAAACACCCCUGCUGUCCAGUAACACCAGUCAAACUCACAUGGAAAGCCCUUCCAGCUUGGUUAGCGAUCGAAGCAGCUGCAGUUUCAACCCGGGUCUGGAGGAAGACGUCAUGGACCAUAGUCGACCCUUACUAACUCCUCCGGCCCUCAGCCGCGCCGGCUCCCUGCGGAGCAGCUCCACCAGCCAGAAGACAGAGGGCCCGGCCCCUGACCCCAACAGGGAUGAAGAAGACCUGGACCAAGCCUUCGGCGCCACCGCACUCGUGGCCAGCAAGAAGGAGGAAGAGCCCGACGUGGAAGGCUACGAUUCGGACGACUCCACUACGCUCGGCACUCUGGACUUCAGCCUUCUGUAUGAUCAGGAGAACAAUGCUCUGCACUGCACUAUCAACAAAGCCAAGCUCCCUGUACCCAGAUACAAAAAGGGACUCAAACCAAUGGAUCACAAUGGGUUGUCAGAUCCCUAUGUUAAGCUGCACCUGCUGCCUGGAGCUAGUAAGGCCAAUAAGCUCCGCACCAAGACCCUACGCAACACUCUCAACCCUGUCUGGAGUGAGACCCUGACGUAUUAUGGAAUAACAGAUGAAGAUAUGGUUCGCAAAACACUCAGGAUUUCAGUGUGUGACGAGGACAAAUUCCGCCACAACGAAUUCAUCGGCGAAACCCGAAUCCCCCUGAAGAAACUCAAACCCAACCAGACCAAGAGCUUCAGCAACUGUUUGGAGAAACAGCUUCCUAUUGACAAGACAGAUGACAAGUCUCUGGAGGAGCGAGGGCGCAUCAUGAUCUCUCUGAAGUACAGCUCUCAGAAGUCUGGCUUAGUGGUUGGCAUCAUCCGCUGUGCCCAUCUCGCUGCCAUGGAUGCCAAUGGCUUCUCUGACCCCUAUGUUAAAACGUAUCUCAAGCCAGAUGAGAACAAAAAAUCAAAGCACAAGACAACGGUCAAAAAGAAGACCCUCAACCCCGAAUUCAAUGAAGAGUUUUUCUAUGAGAUCAAGUACGCUGACCUCAGCAAAAAGACCCUGGAGGUGACCGUUUGGGACUAUGACAUCGGCAAAUCCAACGAUUUCAUUGGCGGAGUCUCAUUAGGCAUAAAUGCCAACGGCGAGAGGCUAAAACACUGGUUUGACUGCCUGAAAAACAAAGACAAGAAAAUUGAGCGCUGGCACACGUUAACCAAUGAACUUCCUGGUUCUGGGUACAAUGACUGAAAGGCUCGCGAAGCCCCGUUCCUACCUGAUGUGGAUGUGAAGCCCAGCAGCCUGUGAUGAUGGAUAGAUCAACACUCCAGCAGUCCACUGAUUUAGAGAUGGGUGCCCGUAUCUGAUCCCAACUAACACACCUGCUCUAUCUCUUGUACGUGUCCUGGUGUUGAGCUUGCAGUCUGAUUGUGUGGCUUGAUGUGGCUUUUGGGCUUAUAUAAGGGUCUUUAAUCAACCUGUGUUUGUACAACCUCAUUGAAAAUGGAGAGAUAUUGUUUCCACAGCCAACAAGAGAUCAGUUCCUGUCUUCAAAUACUUAACCACACUCUACUGCUCUCUUUCUCCAUUUUCUUGGCUAUCUUUGAGGUUUUAUGUGUAUUCAAGAAUGCUGUUUACAGAUGUUAACUCUCAGUAAAUGUAUUAUUACGCAUAUGCAUCAUGGCAGCAAAUGGGCUCUGAAAAUACAAUUUUCAAAACAAGGCAGAACUGCAUAUUGUUUACAUCUAGAAUACAGUCGAAACCCUUUCUGAGGCCAGGGCAUAUACAUAUACAUAACAUCUUUUAUUCUAAAGUCUGUAAAUCAAAAAAUGGACUUGACAAACUUUUACAAGUUACUAUUGUUUUGAGAGUUAUUAAUAGCAUGUUUAUCUUAUUCUUCCUUAGCAUUUUAAAGACGACUUAAUAUAUUUUUUUAAAUGCCGUGUUAAAGUCACUUAACACGUUUCUUUUAAUUUUGUGUAUUUCAUCAAGUUGUGUUAUUUUGUGACAUUAAAUUAUAACCUGUGUAUUAUUUGAACCUUUCUGUAUUAUUGCAUAUUUAGCAUGCCGUUGGUGGGUUUUGCAGAUAUUAUAUUACUGUAUGUUUGACAAAAUGGUUUGUUUGUUUUUUGUUGUUUUUUAAAUUACCAGUAGAAUUUUUUAGGGUUUUUGGUUUUUUGUUUUGUUUUUUCAGUUUAAGGGAAACUCUACUUUGGAGAUCAGACUUCUAUAGAAGUUUGUUUGCGCCACAGAAUAAAACAUUUUAAAAGGUAAUUGCAACUCACAAUUCCGACUUUUUUUCUCGCAAUUCCAAACCUGGAAUAAAAAUGUCCGAAUUGUGAAAUGAAGUCAUUCUUUAUCCUUUUUUAUUUUGUAUUCAGUGGCAGAAACAAGCUUCCAUAGACUUCAGAUGUUGGCCAUUAGUUUAAAAACAAUGAAACUCCUGUAUACAGCCCCCUACGGUGUGUGUUCACCAACUGAGCAACCUUAUCGCUCUCUGACGAUGUUCAUUGUGCACGCCACUCCUGUGACAUUUUUGUUAUCUUUUUGCUUUUGUACAAAAACUCAAUGGCAUAAAUGCAUGCAAUGUUCUUGGGCUGUCAUUAAAAUAACUUUGCUUAAUGUUUGAUACUGCUGUUCUUCUCUGUAAAAAGACAGUUCCUGCUCUCGGAUGCUACAAGAAUGUCAGCCUUCCUUUUCAGACCGUUUUUGUACUUUUGAACGCUAUCGCAUUGCCCGUCAGGUUGCUCCAUUGACUGGACAUGUGACUGCAUGUUACAAAAAAUAAAUCUUGUCUUGUUUUGAUCAUUUUUAACUCUCAGGCAAUUGUUUGCAUAUUAUAGUGGUUCUCUGAUGAAGUCAAUAUAUUCCUCCUCCUGGUUCACCUUAAUCUUGCACCGAAUGGCCGAAUUAUCGUGCCUUUUCUUUUGUAACGUGUGUUUUUGCACCGCUCACUUUACAAAGAUUCCUAGAUUGAUAUUAGCUUUUAAUAUGGAAACAAUAUGAUACAUAUGGCAUAAGUUGUAUUCUUGUCUGUGUUACACUGUUAAAACAUUGUCUUUUGGAAAUAUGCCUCUUAAAGACACACAAUGGGUCUCCUUACACUGUGUGAUCGUGCCGUGAUGGCAGAGGUGGAGGAUGCCUGUAUAACUUCAGAUUCUGGCAUCUGGUAGUGCUAAACAUUCAAACUAAAAAAAGAAACCGAUUGGCUGUGUUUUCUCCCUUACUCACUGUACAACUUAAAUUGCUCAUGUAUUCUUUGAAUAUGUUUACUUAAACCCAUUGUGGGUUAGUCAACAACUUAAAAAAAUAUCACGGACCACCUGAAAGCAUCAAGAGUUUCUGUAUAAUGUCAUUAUCAAGUGCCGUCAGACACCAGAAUCUGUAUUUUACUUUCAUUUUUUUGUCCAACUUCAAAGUAUUAUAUCUAGAGUGUGUUUUUUACUAUGGCAAAUUAUAUUUGCUAUUUACAUGUUCAGAACUGGAAACCCAUAUCAAAUAAACACCUGAAAAUGAGUUCAA